AUGUUAUGAUAGCCAAUUUGGAUUGAUAAGUUUUCAAUGGAUGCGUUCAGCACUUGGCUUGGUAAAGAUGGUAGAGAAGUAAAUACGAAAGUGAAAGAGGGGUUCAGUAAAAGCAUUCCAAGAAAGAAUUUUUAAAGUUUCACGAAGAACAGUGAGAAAACUAAAAGUAUAAAUACACAAGGCUUAGAGUUGAAAUGGAAAUGUAAAUAUACGAAAUGAGGUUGAUCCAUCGGUAUGCUUUGCUCUUCAUUGUCGUUGUGUUGGUAACCUGCUGUCUCCUAUUGAUAGACUUCGUGAAGAAUCGCGUGGUGGAGAAGAGCAGAAUUUUGGAACCAUCUUUCACGCAUGUAAUAAAUCACACGAAUGUAACGAGAACUGAAUCAUCGUGCAGGUUCCAUUCCUGCUUCAAUUUAUUCCAGUGCAAGCAUGCGCAAGACUGGAAAAUCAAGGUGUAUGUGUACCCACUGGGAAGCUAUGUGACAAAGAACGGACGCUCCAUUGUCAGAGAUUUAUCGUAUGAAUUCGAAUCGAUUCUUCUUGCUUUUCAGAACAGCGUGUACAUCACAAGCAACAUUAGUGAAGCUUGUCUGCUUGUACCUGCCGUUGAUCUGCUGUCUGAAAAAGGAUUGGAUCUGUCGUUGGUGUCAACAGCUCUUAACUCACUGCCAAGCUGGAAGGACGGGGAGAAUCAUGUUAUAUUUAAUUUCUUUCCUGAGCUACCGCUCCCCCGUAGAAGUGUCAUGCAUAGUCAAGUAGGGAAAGCCUUCGUAGCCAGCUCAAAUCUCUUGUAUUCAAAUAAAAGACAUGGCUUUGACGUCAGCAUUCCAUUGUUUAACUCUCUCACAGCAGUUUCUGAUGUAAAACGCCAUCGAAUUACCAUUGGGGCAUCUCGCCGAUGGAAGUUGAUCGUCAGUCAACUCAGCGUUGAUUCCGAUCAGCGCGAUGCAUUGCGAAAAGUUGAAGACAGCGAGGGUGGAGUGUUAAUGCUACGCAAAUGUUUGGGCACUCCUUCGAAUACGAUAUAUCACAACAAGUUGUGUAAAGAUGGAUUGCCCUUCACUUACCCUAACAUUCUAAAAGAUGGGUGGUUUUGCUUAAUCCUUCCUGGCAUGUACCAUGGUACAACGUUACUACUGGAUGCUAUGAUGUUGGGUUGUGUACCUGUGAUAGCGAUGGAUGAUUAUGUACUCCCGUUUAAUGACGUCAUAGAUUGGAACAGGGCAUCGAUCAGAAUAAACGAAUACCAAAUCAAGAACGUGAUGAAAAUUUUGGCGAAAUUUGGGAUAGACGAAAUUAAGCAGAAACAAUAUCAGGCUUUUUAUUUGUGGAAGCGCUACUUCUCAUCGAUCGAUCUCAUCGUGAACACCAUGUUGGAUUUGCUGAACGAGCGAGUGUUUGUAAAGACGAAGAAAUCUUACGAGGAGUGGAAUGGUCCGUUUGGGAGUAUCCAUGGUGACAGACUCAAGCCUGGAGCACCUUUGCCGCUUUACUUGCCUCUGUUACCUGGAAAAGACAAGGGAUUUACGGCGGUUAUCUUAACGUAUAAUCGCGUUGAUAUGUUAUUCUUGCUUAUGAAGGCGUUGGAUAAGGUGCCCAGUCUUGCGAAGCUUAUCGUGGUAUGGAACAAUCCCUACUCGCACCCUCACCCAAAUAAUUGGCCUGUUCUCAACAAACCGUGGACACUAAUUCAAACCAAAACAAACCGAUUGACCAACAGAUUUUACCCUUUUAAAGAAAUUGAAACCGAGGCUGUUAUGGCGAUCGAUGACGACAUUCUUAUGUUAACAACUGACGAAAUUGAAUUUGCUUACCAAACGUGGAGAGAAUUUCCAGAUCGUCUUGUCGGGUUUCCUGCACGAGUACAUAUUACUGACCCGAAUGAAGUGAUUAACGGGAAACGGAUGAAGUAUAAGUACGAAUCAGAAUGGCAGAACGAGUUGUCGAUGGUGCUCACCGGUGCUGCUUUCUAUCAUAAGAUGUAUAAUCAUUGGUUUACGUAUAUGUUACCGUUCAAAACUAGAGACUAUAUUGAUGAGAAAAUGAACUGCGAAGACAUUGGAAUGAACUUUCUCAUCUCAAACCUGACUGGAAAAGCACCAAUCAAGGUGAGCCCUAGGAAGCGUUUUAAAUGUGCACAGUGUCGUGGCAACGAUUCACUUUGGUCGGAGACGAGUCACUUUAUAAAGCGUUCAGAAUGUCUGCGUGUGUUUACCAAUCAUUUCGGCGGCAAGAUGCCGCUUGAAGCUGUGGAAUAUCGCGUGGAUCCUGUCCUGUUCCAAGAAGCUGUGCCACAAGAAUUGAAAGCCUUUCCGGAUAUCGGGAUGGUUUGAAGUUUACUUCUACCAUAUUUCUAGUGUGUCCAAGUAAAGUGCGCCUACAAAGCAAGUGCAGCUGCUAGAUAAUUAUCUGACAGUGUUUUUGCCACAUUUUUAUGGGUAUUUGUACAAUGGUAUGUUGUAGAGCUAGAGCACUCCAUUGAACCCUGGUGUUACAAAUUGUAUACGGACUUUUAAAGAUCACUGUUUUUGAUAUACAUGGUCUUUGAUGUGCAAACAUCUUGGGUUUUAAAGAGACAUUCUUCAGCUCAACAUGUACCCUAGUGGGUGCAGCCACGCAUCAUAGUACAUGUGAUACAUUGUUGUACUGUCCCUACUGCAGGCGGUGCAAGGUUUACAAGCUAGCAGUGUAAGCGUUUUUAAUUAAAGAAGUAUGGGAAUGAAGUGUGUA